AUGGACAACUUCGCGGAGAACCCUGCAUUUCAGCAGUUUAUGCAGGAACAAGUCAAGUUGCUCACUGCUAUAUGGAUGUCGAAGAAUCAAGAGGCUCCGCCUGCCACCGAUAGUACCGCUAUCAGCGCAGGAACCGCCAAUAGAGUUUCCAAAAAAAAAACCCCCGUCAGUAACACCCAGGACGUUUCCCAUAGCCAAUCUCAGCCUCUCUCCUCGCCACCAUCCACGACCGGCAACAGAUCCGCGAAGCACAACCGUGUGCCGCAGGACCCAUCAAGUUCAAGAGAUCGCAAUGGACACAUCGACAUGUCUUCGGGGGAUGAUAUCGACCAAGAAACCCCUCAACGUCCAAGACAAAAAAAAAAAAACACGCAGGUCGAGCAGCAGCAGCCGCGGGAUGAAAGCGAUGAAACUGUCCAACUUCAGUCGUCCUCCACCGCGGGAGAAAAGAAGAAAUCGGCGUAUAGUGACAGGAAGAAUUUAGCUUCACGUAUGAAGUUGACUGCCUCGGACAAGAAUAAUGUUAACCGGUUGGUGCGGGAGCGUCGGGAGUAUUUGCGGAUGAUUUGCUUGCGACGCGAAAUAGUUCUAGACAAGCCAUUCUCUACAUAUUCGGACACUGACAUGUUUAGACUCAUUCGGAAUGUUACGCCGGAGAUGCAACGAAGGUAUGGCCAGUGGUGGACUCAAGAACUAACCCGGGAUUUAUUACAUGCCAUUUGUCUUGAUAAAGUGCGCAACGAUAAGAAAGCGGAGCGACUUCGGUUAGAGCGACUUCGGUUAGAGCGACUUCGGUUAGAAAAAGAGGCUUUGCUUGCGGCUGCGAAUGGAACGGGUGAUAUAGGUAAUGUAUCAACACCAGUUGUGAGUACAUCAAAGUUUAAGUUAGUUGCCGCCCAUCGGGCCGCGAGGGCAGGAAAAGCCAAGGAGCCACCGGUGGAGGAACAAGAGGGCGAGGAGGAGGAGGAGGAGGAGGAGGAAGAAGAGGAUGGAGAUGAGGAGGAGGAGGAGGAGGAGGAGGAGGAUGGUGAUGAUGAUGACGCCGCACCAAUGCUCCCUCCCCUUCUCAAUGGAAACAGGAGUUAUCCCUCCACCCCUAUGCACCCCCGAGGUAUUACCGAACAGAGCAAUCCCCCGCCUACCCCAAUUGCUCAGUAUACUAACAAGUUUCCCAUUCCUAUACCACCGACAGACCCCAAUAGUCCGGCUUCAUCGGUGGUUUCCCCCCUCGCAUAUAAAGGGCCUAAUAUGGCGGCCAUACGAUACAACUCCCAACCCGGGGACUCUCAGUUAUGUGCGAAUUUGGAGCCUGUGGUUCACAGAAGCGUGUUCCACAGCCAAAUCCCUUAUCCCCCCAUCCACUCAGUGCCAGAAACACAGAUACCCCCGCCAACUUACAUCCCUAUCCAUAUCGCCGGGCAUCCUCCGGUGUAUGUUGCAACAAACAUGUCUUAUAAUGAGUUCGAACGACUUGUUGCCCAGCGCAUUGUAAUACCUGAUGAUAGGUUUCUACAAUAUCGUCCGAAAACCGGUGGGAAAUGGUUGAGCGUAGGAUACGAAGAGGCUUGGAAAAAGCUUGUAGCGACAUGUGGAGAGGCUGGAGCAGAGGUGAAAGUGGUUGGGGAAUCAUAUCUUGAUGAGGACGCGCCAGACUCGGAUGGCGAGGGGGUCUGCGGUACGGGUUACGUUGAUCCAGUUCUCUUGGAGGAAAACAGGCGCAGUGAAAUUCCGCGUAUACCGGUCGCCGUUGCACCCAAACCUAAAAAGGUGACGAAGAAAUCGGCGGUUGGUAAAUCGCAGGCCAGGGUUUCCCAGUUACCGGAAUCCCAGUUACCGGAAUCUCAAAUCCGGCAUGAUGAGCAGCUGUCUUUGGCCCCGGCUCGUUCCAGGAGUAAGAAACCCCCUAUCCAGGACAAAGGAAUGGCCUCUAAAAUCAAUACACAAUCCAGUGCGAACGUCGCUAGAAGUUCAAGCGGGAGGGAGAUUAAAAGGAGUAUGAAGGCCGCCCAAUCCCUGGAUGAAAAGGCCGAGAAGGAAGCAACUAACCACUACACGGCUGCCAGAAUGGACAUAAAGCGAAGAAAAGGGAACUUCGCACCUUGA